UAGCUUGAAAAAAAUGAAUACUCAAUGCUCUAAAGAGUGUUGUCCUUAGCAUUCUAAAAAAAAUGCAGUAAUUAUUAUUUAAAAAAAAGUACAAAAAGAAAAAGUACAAAACAUAAACCCUGUUAAAGAGUGUGUUUUGAUAUGCUUAGGGUUUAAGUAGAAGAAGAAAAAACACAAACUCAACAUCCCAAUCCCAAUCCCAAUCCACCAUGAAACCAAAACCAAAACCCAAAUCCUCAAAAAAAUCUCAAACACCAGCAGCAGAGAUUGAAUCAGAAUCAACACCCCCUGACUUCUCAUUCGCCAUCGCCAAAAUCGCUGUAGCUCAGAUAUGCAACGCAGCGGGCUUCAAAUACACUCGCCUAUCCGCCAUUGAUACCCUAACUCUCGUCACCACAAACUACAUCGCAGCUAUAGCCAAGUCCUCCGCCUCCAUCGCUGCUGCCUCAAACCGCUCCCAAUCCAACAUUUUUGACAUCACCAACGCCCUCCAUGACCUCGAAUCCCACCGUGGCUUCUCAGGCGCCUCCAAUCUCCACCGAACCAACUACUGCCUUCUAACCUCGGCCCUUCUCGCCGAGCUAUCACACUUCGUCGAUUCCAACGUUGAAACCCCGUUCGCAAAGCCAAUUCCGCGGCGGCGAUUCUUGGAUACCAAUGCCAGAGAGAAAUCAAACCCGUCUCCGAAUCCACUCCGAGCUCCGCAUAUUCCGAAUUGGCUGCCGCAGCUUCCCGAGUUUGCCAAAUGCGACGCCGUUUCGAGCAGUCAUCAUAAGAACGGGGAGGAAAUGUGGGAGAAUUGUAGGGGUGGGAGCGGAAUGGGUAUGGGGGUUUUGAUCGCAAAUGGGGAUUUGGGAGUGACGAAAUCGGAGUUGGGAUUGAGAACGAAAAGAGGAAGAGUGAGGUUUAAGAUUGGAGAUAACAGGACAAAGAAACAUGAGGUUUUGAUAGGAGGGAAAAGGGUGUAUUGGGAUGAUACUAAUACUACAGAUACAAGUAGUUUCAAUAAAGAUUAUGUUAGUAUUGUAGCUAAUCAACUCAAUGAUGGUGAUGAUGAUGAUAUUAGAUAAAAGUUAUUGGAAUUUGGUCGAAAGAAAAAAAAGAACAAAUAUGAAUAUAUAUAUUUAAUUGAUGGAUGUCAAUGAGUAUCUGGGUGAGUAUCUGGUUUUUGUGACUUCUUUUUUUUUUUCUUAAUAAUUUUGACCUAUAUUAGUUGUUGUAUUCUAAUUAUUGUGAUAGAAUAUUAUUUGGUUUGGAGUCCUACUUAAAACCAUGGACUAGCGCAAAAACUGGCGAGGAAUUCAAUAAUCGAUUCUAACGCGGCUUGAACCGGGGACGUGAAAGGAAGAAAAAUGUAUAAUUGCCGUUGUGAAGCCUCAUAUUUGGUGCUUCUAGUGUACCAUAAACAUUUUAUUUUAUUGUAUGAAGUUUUUAAUGAUAAUGCCUUACCUAACAAAAUAAAGUGGAGGAGAUAGUUAUUGUUUCAAA